AGGGACGCCUGUGAUUUUGUACCCCCCCCUCACGCUCUUUGUAUCCAAUGCAGAUGGGGUGUAUCUCGCGACAAAUGGAAAAAUACUGUGCGCCGUUUUAGCUUUCAAAAUUACUUAAAAGUAAACUGUGUGAUACCUGGAACUUAACAAAUCAAUCAACUCCCAUCAUUAUAUGGUUACAAGAUUUAACAUUAUUUUCUAUAGGAUAGAGUUAUGUGUUAGUAAACUGUGUGCUGAUUAUCUCGUUUAACGUACAGGGAGAUUUAAAAGUGUAAAUGGUCACAGAGUUAAUUAGAAUGAACAUAAGAGGGUGAAAAAAUACUCUUAUAAUAUUUGAGAAAUAAAAGCGAGACAAAGGACUUGGAUCUUUCUAAUCCCAUUCUCAAUACAUUCGACUAUCACCUGUACACUUAUGUUCUUUUCCUUUUAUUAUAACUAUUAUCUGUGACUAAUAAUAAGCGUCAUUCGUUUAUUUACGUAUUGACAAUCAUUUUAAUUUUCAACUAUAAAGGUAAAGCAAAAACUUAAAAUUACAAAAAAUAUAUGAAUAAAAUUUCGAAAUAAUGGAAAGUGUGAAUUUUUUUAGCUAUUUAAUAUAAUAGUUUAUAAGGAUAUACAGUAAAUAAGUGAAAUUUAUUAAUGAAAUAAUACAUUUAUAGUUUUAAAAAAUGAAUUAAAGCAAAAUAAUAUAUCAAUGCUCAUCUGAUGACUGUGACUAGUUAGAACAGUACUGCUCCAGGGGUAAAAUAAAUGCAUCUACAUUCACACAAAAAAUUAUUUAUUCGAAAUAAUGACCGAAGAAGAAAAACAACAAAAUAAGUGGACGAAAGUAAAGAAACGUAUAUACCUUAAUAGAUAAAAACCAACGAUUCACUUCAAUUUAAGUGUAAUAGUAUUGUUGAAUAACAAACAUUAUUGUGGAUGUGCCAUAAAUUCAUUUGUGAUCAUCAAGUUUCAGAAAAAAUAAAAAGUCAUGACAGUUAUGUGUCAAAUGAUGUAUUGAACCAUGAACUGGGAUUGGCAAUCCUCAAUGCAAGGUAAAAAACAAUGCUCAAUCUCGGUGAGUCUGAGGAGUCUAAAUAAAAAAAGUCAAAGAUUAGACAUUUUCAGACGACCAUGACGCCGAUGAUGAUGAUGAUGAUGCGCGUUGCGUCGAUGAGGAUGUUAAACGCGCGUGGACAAAGCCAAUGACAUCUCGACGGGUCGAGGGCGAGGGGUCUUCUAGAGCUCCUCCAAGUCCCUCGAGCAGUGAAUCUGACGACAAUGGCUUCAUAAAUCGUCCACGAGUGAUUGGGCUCUAUAUGAAGAAUUUAAGUCGAGAGGAAUUGGAUAGUUUAGCAGAAGAGGGUAUUUAUGGGUCAACAGGUAACCCUAGUACCAGUAAAAAAGGCAUAAAUACAGAUCGAACAGUAAGAACAUUGUCAUCUUCAUCGUCUACAACAUCAUCAACUUCGUUUUCUGCAGCAUUUACAUCUUCAAAAGCAUCUCAACCCUUCGAGAAACUUAGUCACACUGAUAGAAAUUUACGGGAAAGCCACAGAGUUCGGGCUGCUGAGCCUGAAGGAAAUGAUAGGGAGGCCGAUAAGAACAGAAGUCAAAUGGAUGAAAGACGUGAGGAGUCAAGAAGCUCAUUGGAGCAUGAAGAGAGCCGCAAGCGGUGGAGAUCUUCUCAAAAUAGUGGUGAAGAUGAGUCUUUAACAAAACAUUCUGAAGAUGACUCUUCUAGGUUUUCACCAAGUGGUUAUGAGAUAUUCGAUCAAGAGGAAGAAGAUAGUUCAGAAAGGACCAUACGGCAAUAUGGUGAAGAUUCUGAGCCGGAUGUUGUGGAAAAUAUUCAAGAUACUUUUAAUAGAGAAGAUGAUUAUUUGGAUGCAGGGCCACAAACAUUGCCUGAUUCAUCUUUGCUUUUUCUCAAGUGUGCACCAAAGUCUCAAGUAGUAGAUGAUAAAUUUACUGAUCAUGAUGUUGAUCAGUUUGAUAAAAGUGAAGAAUUUGGUGUAAGACUACAUUUUCGUUCACAAGAUAGCACACGACUUCGUCCACCUCUUGUCAGCACAGCUGGUACAUCAGCAGAUUCAGGGACUGGUGAUUCUGCUAGUGCUGAAAUCCACCCUGAUAGUGUUGAAAUUCUUCAACAAAGCUCAACAAAUGUUGAAAACCAAAUAUCUAACUUACGUGAAACAAAAGUACUAGAUAGUGCUUCAAGUGUUAGUGUUAGUGGGUCUAAAACUGGUAAACAUUCUGUAAAGCCAUUUACUAAGGAUAGUCUCGAUAAACUUGAGAAUAGGACCAUUCAACUCGUACGGGAGUACGGUUUCCAACCAAGGAGAAAGACAUCCGUUGAAGAUGGUGCCGUACUUCCUAACAAGUUCGAGCCAUUUCCGUCCGAACUCUAUGGCAGACCACUCGAAGAGAUCGAUAAUUUUAUCUAUGACGAGACAUUUUGUGUUGUGUCCAAACGGUUCCGCAAAAACUAUAUUCAUAGAUUUACAGCGACAAACAGCUGGUUUAUAUUUUCCCCUUGGAAUCCUAUACGACGUUGCUGUAUCUUCCUAAGUACAAAUCAGUACUUUGAUUAUAUGGUUAUGUUGACCAUAGUACUUAACUGUGUCUUCCUCGGUAUGACCGAGCCAAUAGAAGAAGCUGAAUAUAUCUUCCUAGCAAUAUACACAACAGAAAUGAUAAUAAAGUCGAUUGCAAAAGGCUUUAUUCUUAACAAAUAUACUUACUUAAGGAAUCCUUGGAAUUGGUUGGAUUUUGUUGUAAUAACAAGUGGUUAUGCUACUAUUGGUAUGGAGGUUGGCAAUUUGGCAGGUUUAAGAACCUUUCGAGUACUCAGAGCUCUUAAAACUGUAUCUAUUAUGCCUGGCCUCAAAACCAUCAUUAAUGCACUUUUGCAUAGCUUUAAACAGCUUGCUGAAGUUAUGACACUUACCAUCUUCUGCCUGAUGGUUUUUGCUCUCUUUGCGCUCCAAGUAUACAUGGGUGAGCUUAGAAACAAGUGCGUUAAGCAACCGGAGCCCAAUAUCUCCGAUUCCGAAUGGAGGCAGUGGACUUGGAACUCGUCCAACUGGGUUCACGACGAAGAGGAAAAUCCGAUCAUUUGUGGCAAUGCCACCGGAGCUAGACACUGCAAUGAAAGUUAUAUAUGUUUAUGUGUUGGUCCAAAUCCUAAUCACGGUUACACAAAUUUUGAUAAUUUUUUGUGGUCAAUGCUUACCACGUUUCAACUUAUUACUCUGGAUUUCUGGGAAGAUGUAUAUAAUAAGGUAUUAUCGGCAUGCGGACCUAUCAGUGUAACCUUCUUCACGGUGGUUGUCUUUUUUGGGUCAUUCUACCUCAUCAAUUUGAUGUUAGCCGUUGUAGCUUUAAGUUAUGAAGAAGAAGCUGAAAUUACUAAUGAGGAGAGGAAGAAAGACUUGACUGAUCAUCGUGAAGAUUCGACAUUCAGUUUUGACCCAACGAAAAUCAACAUCAAAACGUUGACAAAGGAAAAGCAAAAAAAAAUAGACGCACGAAAAGGAGUUUUGCUGAGUAGUUAUUCAAGAAAAAAAACUCGUCGAAGAAAAAGAGGGAGAAGUUCAGCAGGUCAAGAGAAAAAUGGGGGCACAAGAAGCAGAUCGGUAACACCGAGCCCUAGUCCAAGCCCAAGACAUUCGAAUGUUCGACCGUCGAAUCUGCCUCUCCAAGUAGCACCUCAAAGACCAGUAGAUCCAAUUCACCGUCUUGCUCCUCAUCGAGGAAUGCUGCAUUCAAGACAGGCGAGUAACAACAGCAAUCAGCAAUCUUCUCUCGAUGAUUCUGGCGUUGUUGACGAUCACGAUGGUGACGAUGUCACUUCAGCUGAGGAGCAUGAACGACGUGAAAAUCGAGAACAGAAGCAUCAAGAACGUAAAUUGGAACGUCAAGAGAGAAUGAAUAUUGUUGCAUCUACAACUGCAGAAAAACCUCUUUUACCAGUUGCACCUGUUACUGUGUCGGUGAUGCGUAAGAGUCGUGAAAUUAGAGUUCUUAAAUGUAAUGGGGUUAAAACGAAAAAACAGAUGUAUACUUUACCACCUGAAUAUUUAUCGCACAUCGUUGUUCUUGAUGAUCUUCCGGAUAGAAAUUGUGACAAAUGUAUUCAGUGUUGUAUAGAUUACGAGGGUUGGUUGCGAUUUCAAAAUUGUUUAUAUAAGAUAGUAAGAGAUCCAUUAUUUGAAUUAACUAUUACACUUUGUAUUGUCCUUAAUACUGGUUUUCUUGCACUCGAGCAUCAUGGUAUGAGUGAGAGUGUAAGACAAGCUCUCAAUAUUGGCAAUAAAGUCUUUACGAGCAUAUUCACAUUCGAGUGCUUCCUUAAGUUGCUUGCAUUGAGCAAGGACUUUUUUAACAACGGUUGGAAUAACUUUGAUUUAAUCAUUGUCUCGGCAUCACUAAUUGAUCUCACAUUUGAACUUGUGGAUGGUUUAUCAGUUUUACGUGGUUUAAGGCUGUUACGUGUUCUUAAACUCGCUCAGUCUUGGACAACCAUGAAAGUUUUAUUAAGCAUCAUUAUCUCUAGUAUCGAAGCACUUGGUAAUCUUACAUUAGUAUUAGUGAUUGUUAUUUAUAUAUUUGCCGUAAUCGGAAUGCAGUUAUUCAGCAAAGAUUAUACUCCUGAAAAAUUUUAUCCUGAUCCAGUUCCUCGGUGGAACUUUAAUGAUUUCUUUCAUUCAUUUAUGAUGAUUUUUCGGAUUUUGUGUGGUGAAUGGAUUGAACCACUAUGGGACUGUAUGAGAGCAGAACGUGAUGAAGGACCGGAGACAUGUUUUGCUAUUUUUCUUCCCGCGCUCGUUAUGGGCAAUUUCAUGGUUCUUAAUCUCUUUUUGGCUUUGUUACUCAACAGUUUCAAUUCCGAAGAACUAAAACAAAAAAAACAGGAAGUUGGGGAAGACUCAAAGUUAGCACGAUCAUUUGAUCGAAUCAGAUCAAUUGUAAGGAAAAAACGAUUCCAAAAAGAGAAUUCUGAAAUGGGAAAAAAUCGAAGAUUGGAAGAAAUAGUGAGAGAAGUAAUGGAUAAGUCUGAUAAAGAAAAAUAUGCAAUUCAAGAAACAGUAUUGAGCCUUCCAAAAGAUAAUGUUUAUAAUAGAUCAUAUCAAGAAAGUCUUAAUCAACCUGUAUUUACUUAUGAACCUAUCUACCGUCAAGCAACUAUCACUACUUACAGUCACAAUAGUCAAGAGACUAAAAAAACUUUAAAAAUAGACGCGGGUACAGGCGAUAGUAAUGAAACUAACCCUGAGGAAAGUAUAGAAAUGGAUGUAUUUAAAGAAAAUGGUAAAGUAGACGAGCAGUUAGUAAUGCUUCCAGAAAAAACAAAAAAAGAACAACCCAUUAAACUAGAAAGUUCACGAGCAGAAAAAAGACCGUGGCAUGCUCUUGUUAGUUAUGUUGAUGAAUUAACAGUAGGUGGAAGACGAGAUAGUAAAGGACGGUAUGUAGAUGGCAUGAGUUCGUUUCCAGGCUUUGGAAGAAAUAGAGCACAACCGAUUCCACAGGAUUGUUUUCCUCAACAUUGUUACCGAAGAUGUACUUGCAUUAAUAAAUGUAUUGAAACGGAUCUUGGAAGGAGAUGGAUAAAACUGCGAACUGCAGUUCUUUCAGUAGUAGACACGCCAGCAUUUGAAUGGAUGAUAUUAGUUUUCAUUUUUGCCUCAUCCAUUACUCUUUGUUUUGAAGACAUUUAUCUUGAUGACAAUCCUUUUCUCAAGAGAAUUUUAUACUGGACAAAUUUGGGCUUCUGCGCACUGUUUGGCUUAGAAAUGUUGCUGAAAUGGUUGGCACUUGGAUUCUGUAAAUACUUUACAAGUUUUUGGACAAUUCUGGAUUUUAUAAUUGUUUUUGUAUCCACAUUUAGUCUUUUAAUAGAAGAAAAUGAAAACCUUAAAGUGUUGCGGUCUUUAAGAACCCUUCGAGCUUUGAGACCACUCAGAGCAAUUUCAAGAUGGCAAGGCAUGAGGAUUGUAGUGAACGCGUUGAUGUACGCAAUUCCCAGUAUUUUCAACGUGCUCCUCGUCUGUCUCGUGUUCUGGCUAAUAUUUUCAAUAAUGGGUGUACAAUUUUUCGGAGGAAAGUUCUUCAAGUGUCUGGAUGAAUAUGGUGAACUUUUGGAUAUUUCGAUAGUAAAUACGAAAAACGAUUGUUUAAGUCAAAAUUAUACUUGGGAGAAUAGCAAGAUAACUUUCGAUCAUGUUGGUAUUGCAUAUUUGGCAUUGUUCCAAGUUGCAACUUUUGAGGGUUGGAUGGAAGUAAUGGAAGAUGCGGUUGAUGCGAGAGGUGUAGAUCUUCAACCACAAAGAGAAGCCAAUUUGUGGGCCUAUAUUUAUUUUAUCAUAUUUAUUGUUUGUGGAUCAUUCUUCACUCUCAAUCUCUUUAUCGGAGUCAUCAUCGAUAAUUUUAAUAUGUUGAAAAAAAAAUAUGAAGGUGGCGUGCUAGAAAUGUUUCUGACCGAAAGUCAGAAGCACUACUACACUGCCAUGAAAAAACUAGGUCGAAAAAAACCUCAAAAAGUUAUAAAACGUCCAAUGAAUCAAUUCCUCGCUAUGUUCUACGAUUUAUCUAAUUCCAGAAGAUUCGAGAUAGCCAUCUUCGUUUUGAUAUUUCUAAAUAUGUUAACAAUGGGAAUCGAGCAUUACAAUCAACCUCACCCGAUAUUCUUUGUAUUAGAAGUGUCAAAUGCAUUUUUCACUACCGUAUUUGGCCUCGAAGCCAUUGUGAAGAUAAUAGGUUUACGUUAUCAUUACUUCACCGUACCAUGGAAUCUUUUUGAUUUUCUUCUUGUAUUAGCAUCUAUUCUCGGCAUUCUUAUGGAAGAUAUAAUGAUAGACUUUCCUGUGUCUCCGACGCUCCUGCGAGUCGUGAGGGUGUUCAGAAUUGGAAGAAUCUUACGGCUUAUAAAAGCAGCUAAAGGCAUUCGGAAACUUUUAUUCGCACUAGUUGUUAGUUUACCUGCACUCUUCAACAUUGGUGCAUUGCUUGCUUUAAUAACUUUCAUCUAUGCCAUUAUCGGCAUGUCAGUUUUUGGACAUGUACGGAAGCAGGGUGCUCUCGAUGACAUGGUGAAUUUCGAGACCUUUGGUCGUAGCAUGCAGCUGUUGUUUCGCUUGAUGACGUCGGCAGGAUGGAACGACGUUCUGGAGUCUCUUAUGGUUCAACCGCCGGACUGCGAUCCUACCCCAACCAGCCGGCAGUUGAACGGAGACUGCGGAUUACCCCUCCUAGCCAUAACGUACUUCACGUCCUUCAUCAUCAUCAGCUACAUGAUAGUCAUCAACAUGUACAUCGCUAUUAUCCUGGAAAAUUUUAACCAGGCGCACCAAGAAGAAGAAAUUGGCAUUGUUGAGGAUGAUUUGGAAAUGUUUUAUAUAAGAUGGUCAAAAUAUGACCCGCAUGCAACACAAUUCAUCCGAUUUUCUCAGUUAAGUGACUUUAUAGCAAGCUUGGAUCCACCGUUAGGAAUAUCAAAGCCCAAUGUAGUGGCUUUGGUUAGCUUUAAUCUUCCUAUCGCAAAAGGAAAUAAAAUUCACUGUCUGGACAUCCUUCACGCACUCGUCAAGCACGUCCUUGGACACGUUGAAGAGUCUGACGAUUUCAGGAAAUUACAAGAACAAAUGGACGUCAAAUUCAAAAAACAGUUUCCUACAAGAAAAGAAUUAGAAAUUGUGUCAUCCACAAGAAUCUGGAAAAGACAAGACAAAGCCGCAAGGCUGAUUCAACGCACUUUUCGAGAAUAUUUAGCAAUAAAACGUGAACGCGAAAGAAUAGCUCAUGAAGUAGAUUCUCAAACUCAAACCUCCAGUCCGGGCGGUUUAGGAAGCGAAGGCAGAACCGGUGGAUGGGGGGGUAAGCUAUCGGCUCUUCUGCAUGUUCAUAGAGGAAGUCGAGCCAGUAGCCGCAAGUCCUCCAGGGCCAGCGACGCUAGCGAUCUUAGUGAGUUGGGAACAGCAUCCGCAUGGCUGUUUCCAAACUUACCACUCCUGCUGCUCUCCGGCGCCACAGGAACCCACGAGGACCUGCAACCCCCUGCUCUUACGGUAUCCCGUCCCUCGCCUACCACGGAACAGCCUUCGGCUACCUCCAGUUCUGGUUCUGAUUCACAUGUAACAAUAAGCAGGUCGUCGGCAGCAACAUUGGGCCGUCAAGAUGCUGUUGAAUCAUAUCCAGAUGACGACAUAAUAAGUCCUCCUACUUCGAAACGUAGCUCCAUGAGGCCAAGUGGUACUGCACUCUCAUUAAAUAUUCUUCAGCGAGAUAUAAAAGAAGCUAUCACUCGAAGGUGCGGUAGUUUACGAGGGAAAAAAUCUACACUUCCAGAACCAGCACCUCUGGAAAUUCCGGAGCGUACUGAUGUCAGUAUUCUAGUUACUGAGCCCAGUCCUGAAAAUACUGUUCCUCCAGGGAGACCACCAUUACUUAGACAACAAUCAGAAGCUACAGUAGUUCACGUUCUUGUUCAUCGUGAAAGUGAAGAGUAUCAAGAAGAACCUGAUAACAGCUGAUAUUAAUGUUAUAAUAAUAAGCUACGAUAAAUUAUUUUUUGCCUUAAACAUUUUUAAAAUACACAUUAUAUUAUUUGUCAAUAGACGAAUAUAAGACGUUUGUAAGUCUUCCGCUAAUUGAGAACAGAAUUGUAAAUUUUUUUAAUCAUGCCUUCUUCAAAUAUUCUCCAAUCUUUCCUUUACCUUAUUAAUAAAUAAAUCACACCGAAAAUUCGGUAGUAGAAGCCUGAAUAUGUACUGCCUCGUAUUUUAGAAAUCAAGCACAUGAAUCUGUCCUAAUAAAACAAAUAAAACAUGUCUCAUCGAAUUGAUUCGUAAAUUAUAUACUUAUAUGAAUAUAUAAAUUUUACGAGAGUAUUAUUUGGGGAUACGAAGGUACUAUUUGGAUUACUAGUUUUAGACUGAAUGUAUUUUUUGAGAACACAAUUUUGCCACUUUGUUUUUUUGCAAAAUAAAUAUUUGAUUUUUCAUAACUAAAAAUCAUCACAGCGGUGCAUUAUAUUGCACACAUGUAUUUUCAAGGUUUGUUUUUAUGGAACCAAAGGUUGAACGGGUACUUUAAAAUUGAAAGGAAGAAUUCAAAUCCUCUGUCCCCAUAUAAUACUAUAGGUAAAUUAAUAUGUAUAUUGUAAAGGAGAUUAUCAAAUUUAUAGUAUUUUUUAUUAUUAAUAAGCAAGUAAAAGGGAGACUCAUUUUAAUUACAACAAUAAUU